GUCGCGCAAGCCUUUGCGCAAGCAGAGGACGAAGAACAGCGACCAGCGGUCUUGGGACAAACCCUGAGCUCCUUGUUGACGGGACGGGAGCGAUCGACCGUGGACACAGGGCUGGCGCUGCCGACGACCUUGGACAAGGUGGCGGUGAGCCGCCUGCCGCUGGGCACCAACGAGGCACAUGUGCGCCUGGAGUGUGCCAAGUAUGGAGCAUUGACAGCCGUGGUGCUGGAGGACACCACAGCGUAUGUGUGCUACAGCUCUUCCGACAUGGCCCAAUUGGCCGUCCGGCGAAUGGCCAACAAGGCGGGUCUCUUCGGAGGCACUGAGCCAGUGCAGGUGAAGCUCAUCAGUGAGUUGCCGGAGAACGUCCGAAGCCAGGCAGCACCGCUAGCUCCAGCCUUCUCUGCUGAGCAGCCAAUCAAUGCGGCCCAGCUGCCGGACUACCUGCGCGCGCGGAGCUCGCGGAGCCCAAAGAGGCGCCAGAGUCGCUCCACGCGCCGGAAGAAGCGGAAGAGCAGGAGGUCGCAGCGGUGCUGA